CUUGGGACGCCCGGGCGGUGCAGGAGUGCGUUGAGACGCCUCUCCAGGCGUUUAGGAGGCGUACCCCAGACCCAUAAGGAGUGACAGCGACCAACCGGCUGAACUCGGACUCUGACUCACCCGGGCUAGAGCGGCAAACGUGCGGUGGCUGGUGACGCGCGCGUCUUCACUCCUCCCGCCUCUCCUCGGGGUGGCGCUCGCUGGUGACGUUGGGGGGCAUGAUGGCUGCCGCGAGACCGGGAAGGUGAAGAAAGGGCUCUGAUGAUCGCCCUUCUCACUCCUAAGGCAGCUUCACGUAAUUGAAAAUAAGUGAGCUUUGGCAUCAAAGGAAGCUGGAAUUGGCGGAGUCAAUGCAAUCAGCCAACCUCAACCUGAGACAGGACAGAGAGCUCAAAUUCCUUUCAUCUUUUUGACUCCAGCUAUGUCCAUGAUGCCCACCCUGUGACGAUCUCUCACCAUCCAAAAAUUGUGCCAGCAGACGAUCCGUGGAUCCGUUUUAUUUUCCCUGCUAGGAGUUGCUGUGCAUAAACCUGGCGCAAUGUCCCUAUUCUUCUCUCGAUGCAACUCCGUUGUCACGGUCAAGAAGGAUAAGCGACACAUGGCUGAGGUGAAUGCUUCCCCACUCAAGCAUUUUGUCACUGCCAAGAAGAAGAUCAAUGGCAUUUUUGAGCAGCUGGGAGCCUACAUCCAAGAGAGCGCUACCUUCCUGGAAGACACCUACAGGAAUGCAGAACUGGACCCUGUGACGACAGAAGAGCAGGUUCUGGAUGUCAAAGGUUACCUGUCCAAAGUGAGGGGCAUCAGCGAGGUGCUGGCCCGGCGGCACAUGAAAGUAGCCUUUUUUGGCCGGACGAGCAAUGGUAAGAGCACCGUGAUCAACGCCAUGCUCUGGGACAAGGUGCUGCCCUCAGGGAUCGGCCACACCACCAACUGCUUCCUGCGGGUGGAGGGCACCGACGGCCACGAGGCCUUCCUCCUCACGGAGGGCUCCGAGGAGAAGAGGAGCAUCAAGACCGUGAACCAGCUGGCCCAUGCCCUCCACCAGGACGAGCAGCUGCACGCCGGCAGCCUGGUGAGUGUGAUGUGGCCCAACUCCAAGUGCUCACUGCUGAAGGAUGACCUCGUGCUGAUGGACAGCCCCGGCAUUGAUGUCACCACAGAGCUGGACAGCUGGAUCGACAAGUUUUGCCUGGACGCUGAUGUGUUUGUGCUGGUGGCCAACUCGGAGUCCACCCUGAUGCAGACGGAAAAGCAGUUCUUCCACAAGGUGAGCGAGCGCCUGUCCCGCCCCAACAUCUUCAUCCUCAACAACCGCUGGGACGCAUCCGCCUCGGAGCCGGAGUACAUGGAGGAGGUGCGGCGGCAGCACAUGGAGCGUUGCACCAGCUUCCUGGUGGAUGAGCUGAGCGUGGUGGAUCGAGGCCAGGCUGGAGACCGCAUCUUCUUUGUAUCUGCCAAGGAGGCGCUCAACGCCAGGAUCCAGAAGGCCCAGGGCAUGCCCGAAGGAGGGGGUGCCCUUGCUGAAGGCUUUCAAGUGAGGAUGCUUGAGUUUCAGAAUUUUGAGAGGAGGUUUGAGGAGUGCAUCUCCCAGUCUGCGGUGAAGACCAAAUUUGAGCAGCACACAGUGCGGGCCAAGCAGAUCGCGGAGGCCGUUCGCCUCAUCAUGGACUCUCUGCACAUCGCAGCUCAGGAGCAGCGGGUUUACUGCCUGGAAAUGCGCGAAGAGCGGCAAGAGCGCCUGAGAUUUAUUGACAAACAACUGGAGCUCUUGGCGCAAGAUUACAAACUACGGAUUAAGCAGAUUACAGAGGAAGUCGAGCGGCAGGUGUCAACUGCGAUGGCCGAGGAGAUCAGGCGCCUCUCUGUGCUGGUGGAUGACUACCAGAUGGAUUUCCACCCUUCUCCAGUCGUCCUCAAGGUUUAUAAGAACGAACUACACCGCCAUAUAGAGGAAGGACUGGGCCGAAAUAUGUCUGACCGCUGCUCCACGGGCAUCACCAGCUCCCUGCAAACCAUGCAGCAGGAGAUGAUAGACGGCUUGAAACCUCUCCUUCCUGCCUCUGUGCGGAGUCAGAUCGACAUGCUGGUCCCUCGGCAGUGCUUCUCCCUCAGCUACGACCUGAACUGCGACAAGCUGUGUGCUGACUUCCAGGAGGACAUUGAGUUCCAUUUCUCUCUCGGGUGGACCAUGCUGGUGAAUCGGUUCCUGGGUCCCAAGAACAGCCGCCGGGCCCUGAUGGGCUACAACGACCAGGUUCAGCGCCCCAUCCCUCUGACGCCAGCCAACCCCAGCAUGCCCCCCCUGCCACAGGGCUCCCUCACCCAAGAAGAACUCAUGGUUUCCAUGGUCACUGGCCUGGCCUCCCUGACAUCCAGGACCUCCAUGGGCAUUCUCGUUGUUGGAGGAGUGGUGUGGAAGGCGGUGGGCUGGCGGCUCAUCGCCCUCUCCUUUGGUCUCUAUGGCCUCCUCUACGUCUACGAGCGCCUGACCUGGACCACCAAGGCCAAGGAGAGGGCCUUCAAACGCCAGUUUGUAGAGUACGCCAGCGAGAAGCUGCAGCUCAUCAUCAGCUACACCGGCUCCAACUGCAGCCACCAAGUCCAGCAGGAACUGUCUGGGACUUUUGCUCAUUUGUGCCAGCAAGUCGAUGUCACUCGGGAGAACCUAGAACAGGAAAUUGCUGCCAUGAAUGGGAAAAUUGAGGUUCUUGAUUCACUUCAGAGCAAAGCAAAACUGCUCAGGAAUAAAGGUGGUUGGAUGGACAGUGAGCUCAACAUGUUCGCGCACCAGUACCUGCAGCCCAGCAGAUAGUGGGCAGCCUGGAGCCCGCGCCUGCGUGGAGAGGGCAGUGCCGUUGCCGUCAGCUGCACGGGGCCUCUGCCGGGGCCUGCGCCAGGGCCAUGAGAAUGAAACCACCCACUGUCUCAUACCGUUCUGAGCCCUUAAACACUAGUUACCUGCCCCUCCUCUGCCUGCUGCUGCAGGAGAUUUUCCAGCUCGUACCCCUGAAGACUUUUUCUUAACGACAACCACGGACAGCGUGGGACUGAGGAGUCAGAACGAGUCUUCUCUGCUUUGUCAGGUUCCCUUGAUUGAGAAUCCCUUGACUACUUGAUAAGGUCUUGGAUCUCCCAGUGUUGAGAAUGCCUGCGUGGAGUCUGUCGGGGUGUCAGGCAGGCACCGCCGCCUCCGGCCAACACUAAUACCCAUGCACACCUGCUCCGCUCACCCCAGCACACCUGCAGAAAAGGGCCACCUUAGGGGAUGGCUGGGUUUUCUUCCCAGAUUGCAUUGGCAGUAGUUCCUUCCCAGGAUAUGUGGCUUGCGUGUGAGUUCAGUCGUUCAGCUUUCAUGCUUUGUCCCAUUUUCAGAGCCUUUCAGACACGCCUUGGAUUUUAGGUGAGGUGGGCAGGAGGGGGAGGGAAGACGCAGCAGGACGCCUGGGGUAGUGAGAAGAGCUCUGGGGAGCUGGUGUGGAGAGGUGUGUCCCUGUCCUGCUGCCUGUGCUGUCAUGGGGGCUGCGGUUACUGUGACGCGGAGGGAUGUGCCGCCUCUUCACUGCCUGCUGUUCUAGUUUUGGCCCUUGGCCUGUGGAGUCUGGUUUUUUUAUUGGUCAAAGAUGGCUUAGUCCGGAUUGUUAAAGGAUGUGUAGAUGGGAAGACGGAAGAAGGGGACCUCGGCACAGGCUGAGAGGAGUGGACCCCGUUCAGGACGCCUGGAGAAUGUGGAGCUGGCGCAGAACAGAAUCCUCCACUGGAUCUCACUGAGAGGCUCAUGGGGCCCGAGAGCCCACCCCACUAGCUUGGUUACAUCCUUGUUAUGCCCCUAAGAGACCCGUGCCCACCCCUGCCUUGGCCACCAGCCCUCUGGACUGUCUCCUGUGCCAGUGAUGCUGCAGUUGGCAAAGAGGCAGUGUGGGAACCCCAGGACUCAACCUCCCACCCUCCCCGAUCCCACGUGGCCUCCUGUUGACUUGGAGAAAUGUUUACCAUUGUUGAGUUUGGUAUUGUUACUGGUUAAAGUGGGGACGGUUCCUGUCUCCAAUAUGUUGUGUGGGGCAAGUAGCCUUUGGAUGACAGCCUUUGCAGCACAGGUCAGAGAACAUGUUAAAAACAAGCAGUACCUCUCCCCGAACGAGGCAGGGCUCAGGCAGAGAACUGGGCUUUGUCCUGCUCUUUUGAAUCCACUGGCUGUCCUCCGACUUCAGGGAUGUGAGCUGGUGGCCUCUGCUCCCUGGUGGGUGGCCACGCAGGUGCGUCCUCCCCAGGUACCCGCUGGGUUUUCAAACCCUCAGCCUGCCCUGUUGUGUGGAACAAAACGAUGGACUUUGCCGAGGUCGGCACGCGGUGGGAGGACUUCUGAGCUCUUUGCCAGGCCCGAUGGUGGCCACCUCACCAUGUGCCAGGAGAAGGCAGCGUCAUACAGUUCCGAUGAAUUUUGUGUUUUGGGGAAAAGAAAUUAUUUAGAAUAAUAAAACAUGAAUUUUUUUUAAUGUAGCCCCUGGGCAGUGAAUGUAAUUUUGAGCUUACACAGUAAGUCAAGUGCAGUGUAUCCCACGGAGGGAGACUGAAAGAAACGUGGCAGAAAACACUGACUUAAUGCUGCUGACUUGGUUCUCUGUUUUUAUGUUCAUUUGCUAGAAUGCGAGACGUGCUUUGCACAGUGAGUUUUUUCUCUGAUGUAUUUAAGGGGAUAUAUUUGCCUGAAUUAUUCCUGUAUCAUUGCUGAUAAUAUAGGAAACUAAAAUAAAACUAGUUGGAAACCCUUUG